AUGGCAAUCAGUUAUGUGCUUCCACAGGUUUCUGUAUCAGAGAUGAAUGAGUUCUUUGAUCCUUUGUCUCCGGAUUCUCAAGAAUUACAUGUUCUUGCUGUUGACGAUUGCCUCAUCAAUCGAAAAGUUAUCGAACGAUUGCUCAAGAUCUCCUCUUGUAAAGUGACGACAGUAGAUAGUGGAACGAGAGCUCUUCAAUUUCUUGGAUUGGAUGGGGAGAAGAAGAACUCUGAGGGAUUCAAUGGUUUGAAGGUCAAUAUGAUAAUAACGGAUUACAGUAUGCCUGGAAUGAACGGAUUUGAGUUGCUGAAGAAAAUCAAGGAAUCUUCGACUUACAGAGAAAUUCCAGUGGUGAUUAUGUCAUCGGAAAACGUCUUGUCUCGAAUCGACAAGUGUUUGGAGGAGGGAGCAGAGGAAUUUAUUGUGAAACCUGUAAAACUUUCGGACGUGAAACGAUUAAAAGAUAGAUUUGAUGGUGGAGGUGCAGCAGAUGGGAGAUGGAUCCAACAUAGUAAAAGGAGAAAGUUGCAAGAUGCCACUAUCACACAUCUAUCAUCAUUAUCAUCAUCUCCUUCAUGCUUGCCGACCUCUUUGUCUACGACGUCAACACCAUUUCCGUCGUCGCCGGAAUCUCUUUCAAGUCAAUUUAGACUUUUAGAUAGUGGAACCAGAGCUCUUCAAUUUCUUGGAUUGGAUGGGGAGAAGAAGAACUUUGAGGGAUUCAAUGUAAGAUUUGAAGGUCAAUAUGGUAAUAACGGAUUACAGUAUGCCUGGAAUGAACGGAUAUGA